AUGUCACGAUCCGGUGCAGGUAGAGUUCUGUAUAUUUUCCUGUUCAUGGCACCCGUGUGGUCGCAACUGGUAUCAACGGCAGAAAAUAAACAGGUAUUGCCGCAGUGCACAGUGCGCGAUGCGGCUACCACGUGCGUCUGCGAAAGCUUAGAGGCUAAAGGUGGACAAGCUCAAUCCGUUAACGCGGCUACGUUAUCAGAGUCGGCGAACACCCUCCAGGUCCAAUGCACAGAGUCCUCCACAUUCGUGCCCUCCGACCUCGACAGCGUCUGCACGGGCGCAACAGGGGAGGCUUCUAUCACGACGUGUGAGAAAUCCAAGAACCCAAUCACCAAGGUGAAAAUCAGCACCCUUCUAUCUAAGGAAGCCGACCCCGGCACCAAAUGGACCAAGAAGGAGCAAAACAGCCAUUCGCUAACUAUUCUCUCGACAGAUUUCCCUCUAGUUGACAGGCACUUCUUCAUCGGGUGUGGAGAAAAACAGACGGAAGGGAACUCUUGUGUAGUGAACGUCACGCUGAAUGCAAGGACGUCGGCUCUCGCGGGCAACGUCCUUACGUGCGCGUACGGCGAGACGAGCAACUUGUCAAUUCCGAAAGUGGCACUGGACUCUACCAACGACUCCCUGACUGUCGUCUGCGGUGGUGAGGGAGCGAUGCCGGAGAGUAACGGAGCUCCCACCAUCUUCUUAUGCAAGGACCCAGAGACCGACGUCUGCACGAAGGUCGCGGACGUCCCUGAAGUGUUUCCGGGCUUCAGCAAGGCGUGGUGGACAAAGCAGGAUGGUCAGGAGAAUGCAGCCAAGCUGACGAUUCCGAAGGACGGAUUUCCUGUUGAGCCGAAGACUAUUAUGUUGGGUUGCAGUCUUCAGGGUAAAUCGCCCACUCAGAAGGAGACUGCAGAAGAAGACGGGUCAUCUGCAGCUUUGCUUCCUACGUGCAAGGUGAAGGUGACUGUCGCUGCCGGCGCGAGCAGUUUUUCGACUAUGAGCCUUUCAGCAGGCGUGCUUUUGUUGUCGAUUAUGUCUCUUGCUCAUGCAUAUCGUAUGUUAUUUAUUUCUGUUCCGCACUUCAGCAUCUUGUAG